CAGUGCCUCCGAUAUCCCCGGCUGCCCCAUGAAGCGAUGGCAGCGGCCAACUUCAGCAAGGUUCAGAUAGGGAUCUACGUGGAGAUCAAGCGCAGCGAUGGCCGAAUUCACCAAGCUAUGGUAACAUCUCUAAACAAAGAUAAUGAAAGUGUAACUGUUGAAUGGAUUGAAAAUGGAGAUACUAAAGGCAAAGAGAUUGACUUGGAGAGCAUAUUUUCACUUAACCCAGAUCUUGCACCUGAUGAAGAUAUUGAACCUAGUCCAGAGACACCAUCUACUUCAGCAGCUAAAGUAAACAAAAUCAUGAAGAGUCGACGAACCAUGGCACCAAUUAAGAAUGACAUUCCUGCCAGAGAUAACAGAGUGGUUGGUUCUGCACACACACGACCUACUCAGCUUCCUGAACAGUCUUCCUCCUCACAACAGAAUGGUAGUUUUUCAGAUAUAUCUCCAGUUCAAGCUGCAAAAAAGGAAUUCGGACCCCCUUCACGUAGAAAGUCCAAUUGUGUAAAAGAGGUUGAAAAACUGCAAGAGAAACGUGAAAAAAGAAGAUUACAGCAGCAGGAACUUAGAGAAAAAAGAGCUCAGGAUGUUGAUGCUACAAAUCCAAAUUAUGAAAUUAUGUGUAUGAUAAGAGAUUUCAGGGGAAGUUUGGAUUAUAGACCACUGACAACUGCAGAUCCUAUUGAUGAGCACAGGAUAUGUGUUUGUGUACGAAAACGACCACUCAAUAAAAAAGAAACUUUAAUGAAAGACCUUGAUGUAAUAACAAUUCCUAGUAAAGAUGUUGUGAUGGUACAUGAACCAAAACAAAAGGUGGAUUUAACAAGGUACCUAGAAAACCAAACUUUUCGUUUUGAUUAUGCCUUUGAUGACAUGGCUCCUAAUGAAAUGGUUUACAGGUUUACAGCUCGACCAUUAGUAGAGACCAUAUUUGAAAGGGGAAUGGCCACUUGCUUUGCAUAUGGACAAACAGGCAGUGGAAAAACCCAUACUAUGGGUGGUGACUUUUCAGCAAAGAACCAAGAUUGUUCUAAAGGAAUAUAUGCACUUGCAGCUAGAGAUGUCUUUUUAAUGCUAAAGAAGCCAAAUUAUAACAAGUUAGAACUUCAAGUAUAUGCAACAUUUUUUGAGAUCUAUAGUGGUAAGGUUUUUGACUUGUUGAACAGGAAGACAAAAUUAAGAGUGUUAGAAGAUGGUAAACAGCAAGUCCAGGUGGUGGGAUUACAGGAACGGGAAGUUAAAUGUGUUGAAGAUGUUCUUAAGCUUAUUGAAAUAGGCAACAGCUGCAGGACAUCCGGCCAGACAUCUGCAAAUGCACACUCAUCUCGAAGCCAUGCAGUGUUUCAGAUUAUUCUCAGAAGGAAAGGGAAAUUGCAUGGUAAAUUUUCUCUGAUUGAUUUGGCUGGCAACGAAAGAGGAGCAGAUACUUCUAGUGCAGAUAGGCAGACUCGACUGGAAGGUGCAGAAAUUAACAAGAGCCUUUUAGCACUCAAGGAGUGCAUUAGAGCCUUAGGCCGAAAUAAACCUCAUACGCCAUUCAGAGCAAGUAAACUUACUCAGGUGCUAAGAGAUUCAUUCAUAGGAGAAAACUCCCGUACCUGUAUGAUUGCUACAAUUUCUCCAGGGAUAGCAUCAUGCGAAAACACACUAAAUACAUUGAGAUAUGCAAAUAGAGUAAAGGAAUUUGGAAUUAGUCCUUCAGACAUUCCCUUCUCACAGGGUAGUGGCAGUCGCUCUGAUCUCUCUCCUUCCUAUGAGUAUGAUGACUUUUCUCCUUCAAUCACCAGGGUGAAGGAGUUGAUGGUUGAUCCUAGUGUUGCAGGAGAUAUCUCACCUAUUAUACACCAUGCUCCCAAUCAGAUUGAUGACUUAGAGACACAGUGGGAUGUGGGGAGUUCUCCUCAGAGAGAUGAUCUCAAACUGCUUUGGAAACAAAAUGAAGAGGAAGUUUCUCCACAGUUGUUUACUUUCCAUGAAGCUGUGUCACAAAUGGUGGAAAUGGAAGAGCAAGUAGUAGAAGACCACAGGGCUGUCUUCCAGGAAUCUAUUAGAUGGCUGGAACAUGAAAAAGCUCUUCUUGAGAUGACAGAAGAAGUAGACUAUGAUGUGGAUUCUUAUGCAACCCAACUUGAAGCAAUUCUAGAGCAAAAAAUUGAUAUUCUGACCGAACUUAGAGAUAAAGUGAAAUCUUUCCGGGCAGCUCUGCAAGAGGAGGAACAGGCCAGUAAACAGAUCAACCCAAAAAGACCACGUGCCCUUUGAAAGGAGACCUCUGCUGCUAAAGGAAUCUAUGAACCUGUACUGCUGUAAGACACAUUUGUUACAAAACCCAGUGGUUGGAAGAACUCAACUACUUGAAAGUGUAAAAAUGUUAGAAAUGUCCUGUUUAUUACUCAUCUGAAUUAUAUUUUAAGUUUUAUGUGAAAUGCUCCUAUGAUGUCUACAAAAUGCUUCUAGACCAAACAGUACAACCAUGCAGGGUUCAGACCUGUGAAGCAAUUUGUUUAAAGUAUUUCAUUUAUUCAAAUUGUAAAUUUUAUGUUUGGAAAUAUUUGCCAUGUUUUUAGUAAUGAAGUAGAACUGUGACAAUUGAAAAGUCACAGUAUUUCCAUUUAACUAUGUUCAGUUUUGUUAUAAAGACCAGUUUUGCAGUUUGAAAUUGUCUUUGCUCCAUGUGUACCUAACUAGUGGUUUUACAUAUCUUCUACAGACAGCUGUGCUUACUUCUUCCCAUUCUGUGCCUUGAUGAAGGCUACUUAACCCUGAAUAGCCUCUUUCUGAAGCACAUCCUUAAUAAACAACAUUCAUAUUUGUCAUUAUAAAUUGCUUUUAGUGUGUAUAUAUUUUUAAUGUGUUUUGAGACUUUUUUUGGUGGCUAGUGCAUUUCCCAGCAUGUGCCAUAUCCUUCAAACAGGAACUGCAAGAGCUGUUAGAGUGAACAUACAGCUGGACAUUCCAUCCUGGUUGUAAAAAAUCUGAAAUUUAGGUUUAUUUGCAUACCAUAAAGAAUAGUUGUAUAAUUAUAACAUGUAAUUAAAAAAGAAAACACAAAACAGGCAAAAUCAAACAAAAAAUACACUGGUUGAUGUAUAACAAAGGGUAAUAUUUAGGUACUGAGUAGAGUUGGAUCUCAGAGUAAUACAGAUAGAUAUACAGUGUGUGAUAUGGUGUGAUAAUGCUGUCAGAAUAAAGGUACCAUCUGACCUCUGCAUAUGGAUAGGCUAAAUGUCAAAAUUCAGGGAUCCAGUUAAAGAAAUACAUAUUGACCUUUCACAUAUUGCUAAAAUUUGGCUUUUGAUGCAUGACGAGCUUACAUGUACAUUAACUGUAGUUUGCAAAUAGUUUAAGUAGCUCUGAUUCUUUAAAAAAAAAAAAGUAGUUAAUGCCUAUUUUUCUCUUUGUACAUUGCCAGCAGCUGAAAAGUGAGGUGAAAUUUCAUCAUUUGAGUAUUUUCACAAUACCUCUACCUAGUACUAAUAGAAAUCCAAUAAGUACCUGAAAUCUCACAAAUGGCACCAUGGGUAUCAGCACUAUUUAGGUGGUGGCACUCAAAUUAUUUUUGCAAGUCAGUAUGCAAAAAAUAAGAACCUUUUGUGUAAGAACUUCUUGCCAAAUGAAGAAUUGUAGACCUCUCUAGGAGUUCUCCCCAUUCCCAGGAGUUCAUAUCAACAGACUUUCCCUCGGAACUGUUUAAAAAUUACUUUUGUAAUUCAAGCCUGUUAGUUUGUGCCAGGCUUGGAGGGAAAUAAAGGGAAGGCAAUGAAAAGAGAGUUUAAUGAGCCAGGAAUUCUUGUAGCAUUUAAUAUUUGUGCGUCCCAUAGAAAGGCAGGGUUUGGGAAGCUCCUGUUGCUUUGUGGUUAAAAAUAUUCCUGUGUGUAAACAUUUAAAGUGAAACAACAAUGUAGAUUUUACAUACUGUGUUUAAUAAAUUAAGCUGUUAAAUGAA